AUGGCGGGGCCUGGCGCUCGGCUCCCCGCGCUGGGCUCGCUCCCCCAAAGCCCCAGUCAAGGGAGGCGGCGAGCAGGCGACGGCUCUGGAAUUCCCCAGCUCCGCCGGCUGCCGCCGCCUCAUUGGCUACAGGCCCCGCGCCCCGUUCCCCUUGCCUGCGCCCUGCAGCGCCCCUACCGCCCCGUUCCCCAUGCCUGCGCCCUGCAGCGCCCCCAGCGCCCAGUUCCCCCUGCCUGCGCCCUGCAGCGCCCCGUUCCCCUUGCCUGCGCCCUGCAGCGCCCCUACCGCCCCGUUCCCCCUGCCUGCGCCCUGCAGCGCCCCCAGCGCCCCGUUCCCCUUGCCUGCGCCCUGCAGCGCCCCCAGCGCCCCGUUCCCCCUGCCCGCGCCCUGCAGCGCCCCCAGCGCCCCGUUCCCCCUGCCUGCGCCCUGCAGCGCCCCUGCCCCCAGCGCCCCCUGCCCUGUGGGACUAGCGCCCCCCGGGUGGGAGGAAGCUCAGGCCAAACCUGGCCUUACCCAGCGCUCUCGCCGGCCAAGUGCCCUCUCUCCGCGGGCCUCACGCUGGGGUCGCCCCCUAAGCCGCCCGCAUCUCGCCUCCCUGCUCGGCAGAGCUUCCGGGCUCCCGGCCACCUGCAGGGCAGGGGAAGGGCCGGGCGGGGGGCGCCGACUCCCCACACCCGACAGCUCUUCCCCGGCCUCCGGAAGCUGGGGCCGCUGUUCGGCAGAGAGCGGCUUGGCCAGCAGGAACGGACACGUGGUGCCAAGGCCAGGAGCGCAGGGGGCCCGGCCAGCGGAGGGGGUCCGGGCUGGCAGAAGGGCCAGGGAGGUGGCAUUCAGAAGCCUCCUCCUUCCAGCCAGGCAUGCUAUAUCACCAGCCUCAACCGCUCCUCCCCUGUCCUUUGUCUUCCAUCCCAGCCAGCUGGGGGAACCACCUGGCCCUGCCCAACAAGUGGCCAUUUCCCACCAGCAAUACCAGAUAAUCUGCUGCCCUGUGCACUGCUUAGCAGCCCGUAUCUGCUCCUCCCUCUAAAGCAGGUAAUGAGUAAUGGAACCGUCAGGGGGGCCCCAACUGCAGAGACCCAGCAGCAGAACCAGCCCCAGCAACAAGCUCCCAAUGCCUGGCAAGUCAUCAAAGGAGUGUUGUUCAGGAUCUUUAUCAUCUGGGCGAUCAGCAGUUGGUUCCGUCGUGGGCCGGCACCACAGGAUCAGAGUAGCGCUGGCGGAGCACCCCGCGUUCCGAGCCGCAACCUUUUCCCUAAAGACACUUUAAUGGAUCUUCAUGUUUAUAUCUCAGAGCAUGAGCACUUUACAGAUUUUAAUGUCACCUCAGCACUGUUUUGGGAGCAACGGGACCUUGUCUAUGGUGACUGGACCGGUGGUGAGAAUGCGGAUGGGUGCUAUGAACGCUAUGCAGAGUUAGACAUUCCUGAGAGCGUGCAGCAUAAUGGCUCCAUGUAUGUCCAUGUGUUUUUUACGAAGAGUGGCUUCCAUCCGGAUCCCAAACAGAAGAACUUGUACAGAAGGCUUGCUACGGUUCACACAUCACGAAUGAUAAAUAAAUAUAAACGUCGACGGUUCCAGAAAACCAAGAAUCUUCUGACGGGGGAGACGGAAGCAGAUCCAGAAAUGAUAAAGAGAGCAGAAGAUUUUGGCCCUGUGGAGGUGAUCUCACACUGGCACCCUAAUCUCACCAUCAACAUAGUGGACGAUCAUACUCCCUGGGUGAAGGGUAGUGUGCCACCGCCUCUGGACCAAUAUGUGAAGUUCGAUGCGGUCAGUGGUGACUACUACCCCAUCCUCUACUUCAACGAUUACUGGAACCUCCAGAAGGAUUAUUUCCCCAUCAACGAGACAGUGGAGCGGCUACCUUUCCGCCUCUCCUUCUGCCCACUCUCGCUGUGGCGCUGGCAGCUCUAUGCCGCACAGAGCACCAAGUCCCUGUGGAACUUCCUGGGAGAGGACUUGUACGAGCAAUCGGAUGAGGAGCAGGAUUCUGUAAAGGUUGCUCUUUUGGAGACCAAUCCAUAUCUGCUGGCUUUGACCAUUAUCGUUUCCAUAGUUCACAGCGUAUUUGAGUUUCUUGCCUUCAAAAACGAUAUCCAGUUCUGGAACAGCAGACAGUCUCUGGAGGGGCUCUCCGUCCGCUCUGUAUUCUUCGGGGUAUUUCAGUCACUUGUGGUCCUUCUCUACAUCCUGGACAAUGAAACUAACUUUGUGGUUCAAGUCAGUGUCUUCAUCGGGCUCCUCAUAGACCUCUGGAAAAUCACAAAAGUCAUGGAUGUCAAGCUGGAUCGAGACGACAAAGUCGCUGGGAUUUUUCCACGUUUAACCUUCAAAGACAAAUCAACAUAUAUAGAAUCGUCUACCAAAGUCUACGAUGAUAUGGCAUUCCGGUAUCUCUCCUGGAUUCUAUUCCCCUUGCUCGGCUGCUACGCUGUGUACAGCUUGCUGUACAUAGAGCACAAGGGCUGGUACUCGUGGGUCCUGGGCAUGCUCUAUGGCUUCCUUCUGACGUUCGGUUUUAUUACGAUGACUCCGCAGCUGUUCAUAAACUACAAACUGAAAUCAGUAGCCCACCUGCCCUGGAGGAUGCUCACCUACAAAGCACUCAACACCUUCAUUGAUGACCUCUUUGCCUUUGUGAUCAAAAUGCCCAUGAUGUACAGGAUAGGCUGCCUGCGAGAUGAUGUCAUCUUCUUCAUUUACCUCUAUCAGCGCUGGAUCUACCGGGUGGAUCUAACGCGUGUCAACGAGUUUGGGAUAAGUGGGGAGGGCCAAGUCCCUCAGCUAACACAAGGUACCACUCCAGCGGACUGUGCCCCUGCACUGCUACCCGAUGGGGAGGCAACGAGCACGCAAGGGGUGAUAAGGGAGGGCCUGGCUGAUGGCUCCCCUGCACCAGUAACGGAGAACGUGGUCGAUGGCUCCCCUGGAGCCCAGAUGGAGAAAACAGCAGAGGACAAGAAAAAGGACUAACCUUCUCUAACUUUAAUUUUUAAACAAAGCCUAACUUUCCACUCUUCCCUUUGGAUACUGGACAGAAAGCGAAGCGGGGAAGCUGCUAUGGUUCUCUGGCUCCAAAGCUUUUUAUUUUCUAUUCCAGUAACUUUGGGGCGGGUAGGGAUUGAGAAUUUGGUGACGUUCAUGUGAUGUGCUGUAUCCAUGGGAGAGAACCCCCGUAUCUCUGUAUUUAAAGUCAAACUCAUCCAGUAAUCAUUGUGAGCGCCGUUCCAUUGUGCAGGUGUUUAGGACAUUAAGGAGUUUCUCAGAGUUGUGUCUCUGUUUCAUAAAGAGAGCUGAUUAUCCGAACAAGUCCCAUUUCUCAUCAUUGCACUCUACUAUGGACUCUGGAUUGAAUAAAUUCAUAUGGGUGUUGAGUUAAA